GAUUCCCUCGGCCAGUGGCCACCACAGCAGCAGACAGAAGAAGGCUUUGUCCAAUUGCCUGGCUAGUGGGGAAAGAAAGGCGUGGUCCCUAUAGUGAACCUGACGUGUUCUUGAUUCCUCACAGCUUAUUCUAAUGCGAGCAGCGGUGCAGCUCUAGCUAGUCAGAUUCCAGCAAUAAUUUGGCUAUGGCUCGCUUGUGGUUGCUGAUUCUGCAUCAAGCCAUCAGGAGCACAUAAAGUACCCAUUUUCCACAGCCACUCGCCGUUCUGCUGAAUUGUUCAGGCCACCAUGAGGCGAAAUAGUAUCUUGCUUGUGUGCUUUAGUCUACGCCCCUACGAUGGCCUCAAGGAAAUAUUGCCCGUCCAUGGUUGUUGAUUUCGUACACCAUUGUUCCCUGGAAAAGGAAAGAACCAGCCCCGCGAUUCCAGGAUACCAGCUUCGCUUUCGAUCCAAGAUAUAAAAGAAAAUUCAGCGAAAGCAGGAGCUGUGAAGCUACCCUGGCGGAAGAAUCGGCUGAAAGCGGCAGGGUGAAGGAAGGAUCCACUCCACUGCCGGGGAAAGAUGCGGCCUUACUUUGAUCCCGAGUAUGAGAACUUCAAUCAGCGGAUCAACCCUCCUCGGGUCUGCAUCGACAACAACACAUGCCGCGACUGCACCCUGGUGAAGGUGGACAGCAUGAACAAGAAUGGCAUUCUGCUGGAGGUGGUGCAGGUCCUGAGCGAUCUUGACCUCACCAUCCUGAAAGCGUACAUCACCUCGGAUGGCGGAUGGUUCAUGGAUGUGUUCCAUGUGCUGGAUAAGCAAGGGCACAAGGUGACCGAUGAGAAGACCAUUCAGUACAUAGAGAAGGCCUUAGGUCCGGGCAGCAACAUACCGGGAGCGGCGAAGGGCAGCAAUUCGCCAGGGAGAUCAGUCGGGAUGCACUCGAUCGGCGACCACACCGCCAUCGAGCUCAAGGGGCCCGACAGAACCGGCCUUCUCUCCGAGAUCUUUGCCGUCCUGGCGGAGCUCCAGUGCAACGUGAUGGCGGCCGAGGUGUGGACGCACAGGACGAGGGUGGCCUGCGUGGUGUACGUCAACGACGUGUCCUCGGGGCAGGCGAUCGAGGACGCGUGCCGCCUGGCCGGGAUCGAGGAGCGGCUGCGGCACGUGCUCCGCGGGCACGGCGGCGGAGACGACGACGGCGGCGACGGCCGGGGAGCGCACACCAACUUCUCCGCCGGCUCCACCCACGUGGACCGCCGGCUGCACCAGCUGAUGCACGCCGACAUGGACUUGGGCGGCGACGGUGCGCCGCAGGGCCGUCCCGCGGCCGACGACGGCACGGCGGUGACCGUGGAGCACUGCGAGGAGAAGGACUACUCGGUGGUGAACGUGCGGUGCAGGGAUCGGCCCAAGCUGCUGUUCGACAUCGUCUGCACGCUGACGGACAUGCAGUACGUCGUCUUCCACGCCGCCGUCGCCUCCGAGGGCAUCUACGGCGUCCAGGAGCUGUACAUUCGCCGCAAGGACGGGCGCACGCUGCUGAAGGACGAGGCGGAGAAGGUGACCAAGUGCCUCGAAGCGGCGAUCUCCAGAAGAGUCUCCGAGGGAUUCACGCUUGAGCUCUGCGGCAGGGACAGGGUGGGGCUGCUGUCGGACGUGACGAGGGUGCUCCGGGAGCACGGCCUGACGGUGACGAGGGCCGACGUGACGACGGUGGGGGAGCAGGCCGUGAACGUCUUCUACGUGCGUGACGCGUCGGGGCAGCCGGUGGACAUGAAGACCAUCGAGGGCCUCCGGGGACAGGUCGGCCAGACCGUCAUGCUCAACGUCAAGAAGGUGCCCGGUGACAAGGCGCCGGAGCGGGCUGCUGGCAGCAUGGCCAAGACCAGCUUCUUCUCCUUCGGCGGCCUCUUCGCCAAACUCGGAGCAUAAUUUCCGUCGCUGAUCCUUACCGUCGUGAAAAUUGUUGUAAAAUGGCCACAGCUAGAGUAGUCCGUAUGGCAGCUCUUGGUGUACUUUUCUCUAACAAGUUUCCCCAUUUCCUCGAUUUUUUCGAGCAUCCGAUAAUCUUUCGAAGAGAGAGAUAAAGGAUCCUUUCCCAAGAGGGAGGAGGUGCGAUGAUGAUGCCUAUAUUUUUCUCAA